UAUGGAUAGUGAACUCUGGGAAAAGAUGGCAGCUUCCUGUCUGUACCUGGGAUUUACUUUUCACCAAGGACGGAAUCAAAACAGUUGCAUGUAGAUAUCUGCCCAAUCGCAUCAAAGACCUCUUAAUUCAUAUAUUUGAAAACUUUACCAAGAUUUACCAUGGAGAAGCGCGGGAGCAUCGACAGUCUGGGCUCGAAGGAAUCCUCGUCAAGGCAGCCCAGUGUAGAUUCAUUGUCCAGGUGGGGCUCGUUCAACUAGCUCCCUGUGUAGUCGAUUGACGGGAGCUUUUAUAGUUGUCUAACUACUUGCUAUCUAAAUGUGGCGAAAAAUUAUCGAUAGUGAAGAUAUUUAAUUAUACUAGUGUAAUUAAAUGAAAGAUGUUGAUGUAUCAGCUAAACCAUACUGUGAUUCGGGUUACAAAAGUCGCUAUAGCAGGCAGCCCGAGAAGGUAAACAGUUUGCCCAAGAAAGCAGCCUUAUUUUAUACUACUAACGUUAUCUAGUUAGCUAGACAUAAUGGCAGAUUCCACAGUCAUCUAGUCUGGGUACAAGUAGCCCAGGGGAAUGAAAAACAGAGAGGGUCUGUAACAUACAGAGUGGAUCUAUUCUCCAGUCCCCUGGGCUUGGUGCCAGCCAUUUCGUUUCUGCUUUAGCAAUUUUGGUAUGGUAUUAUUUCAUACUGCUCAUUAUGUAUUCUGCCAUUCUCUUGACAGUACCUCCACGUCUCGUUCUGACCGGUCCACUCACGCUGCCAAGACCCCCUAUGCAAUGUCUUCUGACAACGUGUCCACCUCAACAGAGUUCUCCCCAGAGCUACGGGUUGGUACAUGGCUUUUCACCUACAACUUUACAUAGAUUUAGGUCUACUAAUGUAGCAAUAGCAUCUUAAACAUGUCUGCGUUUAACCCUCUUGCUUUUCUCCUAAUGAUUUCAGGGCAGACCUAAAGCAGUUGCCAAGGUAUAGUCUUCCAUCCCUCUUCCCUCAAAGAUUUGUGUUGGCGUUUAAGUAAAAAUAAUCAACUUGCUAUGUGCUAUUGGCUACUCUGUAUGUUUUACCUAUACAUGGGAUAUUGUUUUAUAUACAGGUGCUCAGGGAUUCAAACAAAGAAGAACCACAGUUACUACCAAAGGAAAGUGUGCAAGACAUGGGUAGGUCAUCUCCCCCACCCCCCAGCUAUGGGUUAUUUCGGGUUUAAUGUAAUGACCUGCUUAAACUUUUAUUUUUAUUUUCUAACAGCCAAAGAUGUCACCUACAUUUGUCCUUACAUCGGUGCACUGAGGGGGACAUUGACUGUCACCAACUACAGACUGUUCUUCAAAUGCAUGGACAGGGUAUACUUUUUAGCUUUCGAUCUGUCUCCAUUCCACCCUUCAGGAUGUCAAGUCAGUGUUAUUAUUAUUUCCAUUGUCUCCUAGGAACCAGUGUUUGUGCUGGACUUGCCCCUGGGGGUAGUGAGCCGUGUGGAGAAGAUAGGAGGUGCCUCUAGCCGUGGUGAGGUCUCCUAUGGGCUGGUCUGCAAGGUGAGCAGUGACCACCACAAAAAUGUCUGGAACAUCCCUUACCUGAUGUUUGUACUAUUAUAUAAUAUCUUUGUUGCUCUCAAAGAGAACAGGCAUUUUUCUUAUUUUUCUUAUACUUACUUCGGACUCUAAUCACUGCACUCUAGUGUACUUCUUCUUUCUCUGAGUGUAAUUGACAGUGGUUACAGUGACUUGUCAAUCUAUCUCCUCAGGAUAUCCGUAAUCUGCGGUUUGCACACAAGCAGAUGGAGGACUCACUCAGGAAGUCAAUUUUCGAGAUCCUGAUGAAAUUUGCCUUUCCUGUUUCCAAUGGUCUGGUGAGUGAGUCACUAGGCCUGCUGCCCAUGGUCUGUUUCUGUGUGCUGUAUGUAAAGGCCCAGGGCCAACUGACUGACUGUUUUUUCCCUCUGUCAUCCACAGCCAACCUUUGCCUUUGAGUAUGGGCAGGUCUAUCCUGAAAAUGGUUGGAAAGUGUAUGAUGCUCAAGCGGAAUACAAAAGACAGGUAUUUGAAAGAUUCCGAAAAUCUGGGCUUUAGGUAUGAGUUGUUUGAAAUGUCUUUAUACUCGCGUGUGUGUGUGUGUGUGUAUAGGGAUUACCCAACGAGAGCUGGAGGAUAACUAAAGUGAAUGAUCACUACGAGCUGUGUGACACUUACCCAUCAACCCUGGUGGUGCCUGUCAACAUCCCAGAUGAGGAGCUGAAGAGAGUGGCUGCCUUCAGAGCCAAGGGCAGGAUACCUGUGAGUUAACAUUUACACUUCACACUGUCCCCACUCUUUAACUGUCUGUGGUACCUCUGUAGUAGUACGUUGAUGUAGUGCCUGUGGUCUUGUGUUACUCUCCGUGCCAAUGCCUCGGCUGUGUGCUGUGCAGGUUCUGUCGUGGAUCCACCCAGAGAGCCAGGCCACAGUGACCCGCUGUAGUCAGCCCAUGGUCGGGGUCAACGGCAAGCGCAGCAAAGACGAUGAGAAGUACCUCCAGGCCAUCAUGGAUGCCAACGCUCAGUCCCACAAGCUCUUCAUCUUCGAUGCCAGGCCUAGCGUCAAUGCUGCCGCCAACAAGGUAUGUAAUUAGUAAUAAUAAUCAUGUUUUAUUUUGAGUCAAAGUGAAUUUCCCACACCCAAUGCCUAUACUGUUCAAUGCUCAACCCAUAGCGUUAUUUUAUUUGGAUUUGAUUUUGAUCUCCUCUCACAUUCUGUAAUUAUGAAAACUAUUCAGAGUAUAUUCAAUUCCAAGAGAUGACUACAUUCUCUGCGUUCUCCUCAGAUGAAAGGGGGUGGCUAUGAGAGUGAGGAUGCAUAUCAGAAUGCAGAGCUGGUGUUCUUGGAUAUCCACAACAUCCACGUAAUGAGAGAGUCACUGCGCAAACUGAAGGAGGUGGUCUAUCCCAACAUCGAGGAGUCCCAUUGGCUCUCCAACCUCGAGUCCACUCAUUGGCUGGAGCACAUCAAGGUGAGGACAGAAGGGAGAGAAAAAAAAUCAUGGUUGAGAUUAUUUGUUGAACCUGUCUGUCUGUGCCCUGUGUAGCUGAUCCUGGCUGGGGCGCUGCGUAUUGCAGACAAGGUGGAGUCUGGGAAGACGUCAGUGGUAGUUCACUGCAGUGAUGGAUGGGACCGUACGGCCCAGCUCACCUCCCUGGCCAUGAUGAUGCUGGACGGACACUACCGCACCAUCCGCGGCUUCCAGGUGCUGCUGGAGAAAGAGUGGCUGAGCUUUGGCCACCGCUUCCAGCUGGUAAAUAAGCCUUUACUCCCUCUCACUGUGUAUUGUUCCUUAUAUCAAGCCAUAACACUUGGGACACAUUCUCUUGAUUAUUCAUUUACAUUUUGGAAAUGCUUUGGCCAUUCUCAUGUGGUAAGAGAAGUUGAAAUGGUUUGAAACUCUGGGUGGCUUCCUAAUUUCCUUACUCAUUUCCUCAUUUUCUAUUCUACUGUAUUUGAGUCAAUGCCACUCCAACAUUGCUCGUCCUAAUAUUUAUAUAUUUCUUAAUUCCAUUAUUUUACUUUUAGAUUUGUGUGUAUUGUUGUGAAUUGUUAGAUAUAACUGCACUGUUGGAGCUAGGAACACAAGCAUUUCGCUACACCCACAAUAACAUCUGCUAAAUAUGUGUAUGUGACCAAUAAAAUGUGAUUUGAUUUGAUUUGACAUGGGUCAACCAUCGUGCAUGGCACAGCUUUACCCUUCCUGUUUCUUGUGUUUUGUUCAGCCAUUACGGUCACUUGACUUCCUGUUCUUCUCCCUCUUCCCCCCUCUCCUUCCAGAGGAUCGGUCAUGGGGAUAAGAACCACACAGACGCAGACCGCUCGCCUGUCUUCCUGCAGUUCAUUGACUGUGUGUGGCAGAUUACCCGACAGGUGAGUGACAUCACUGGUUGGGGGUGUUGAUGUGUAGUCGUGACCUGACCAGAAAAAAUUCCAGGCCCUAGUAAUAAGGUACACAAAUUACACAGGGGAUGUUUUACUGAUGUACAUAAUCCCUCUGGAUUCUCCUGAUUGUAUAUGGAUUAUAAUUUAACUGUUGUUGUUUAGUUUCCUGCAGCCUUUGAGUUCAACGAGUACUUCCUGGUCACCAUCCUGGACCACCUGUACAGCUGCCUGUUUGGGACAUUCAUGUGUAACAGUGAACAGCAAAGGGUGAAGGAGGUGAGAGUGCAGACUAUAUGUUAGGUUUAAACACCACUGGGAUGGAGUGCAAUUCAGAAAACCUGAAACUAAACUUGUUUAUUUGACUGUCUCUCAUGGAUGACAUUUCAUACACGGUUGUUCAAACAGUGCUAAUAGGAAUAUGCUAAGUGAUAUGUUUUAUUUGCAAAUGUUAAAACCAACACCUCAUACAUCUAAUUGUUCUGCAGGAGCUGCCUAAGAAGACAGUUUCUCUGUGGGCCUACAUCAACAGCCAGCUAGAGGAGUUCACCAACCCUCUGUAUGUCAACUAUUCUAACCAUGUGCUGUUCCCAGUGGUCAGCAUGCGCCACCUGGAGCUCUGGGUGGGCUACUACAUCCGCUGGAAUCCUCGCAUGAGGCCACAGGUCUGGGCAAAAUACCUCACUUUCAUAGUAGGAAUAAUAAUGGUGAUAGUAGUAAUAUUUAUGCUAUCUUGUAUAAUUGUCUCCCUGAAUGAAAUCGGGGAGGGGUCUAUGGAUCUCUCUCUGUCCGUUAGUAUGUUAGUCACACUCGAUAUCUCAGACAGCACUGGCCCGAUUUCGACCAAAGUUGGGUGAAUGAUGCGUCUUGCCAUAAAGAACCGGCAUUUACAAAAUUACACUGAUUGGCCCAAGGUGGGAGCUAUAGUAAUUAACAAAAAUGUGUUACUCACACACAAUAUCUCAAUUGGCCUGGGGGGGCUGCAUCAUUUGUGGGGGAUGACAUGGUUACUGUUGCCUUGUUAUUAUGAGUAUAAAUGGCAGUUCAUAUGCUUGUUAUAGCAUAGUUAUGUUCUAGUGUUGACCACUAUUGUUUGUGUACCUUAUUCCCAGGAGCCUGUUCACCAGCGCUACAAGGAGCUGCUGGCGAAGCGGGCGGAGCUUCAGAAGAGGGUGGAGAAGCUGCAGAGAGAUGUGACCAAUCGCUCUGCCUCCUCUGAGAGGGCGGGCUCGCCCACCCGCUCCAUCACUCCUGUUCAGACCUUUGUUUGACAAACGUAGUUUGACAGGCGGGUUAUAGAGUAAGGCUGAGGACUGAGGCCCCACAACGAUAAGGUGCCAUGCCCACAACCAGUAGACAGCACUGCAGGGGACUUGCUGCGUCACACACUCCUGCUUGGCAUGACACAUUCCUGUAGGAAGAAAAGCAACCACCAAGUGUCUGUAGAAACCAUGUAUUGGCCUUUGGCUGUUCCACCUCACUGCUACUCCAACAGCUGAGGUUGUACAGGGUCAGAACCAUAGAAAUAGAAUAAGAAUUUUAAUUUAUAUGUCUAUGGUAAGAACCCUAUGUUGCUGAUGCACCAAACAGAGCUGCCUCUGUUUCAGACCACCCAUAGACAAUAACAGAGGCCUCUAGUGGCCAAAAGG